UCACAUCCUCCAUCACAUUGCACGCAUUGUACGGUAGCCAGGAAGAAGAGCAGAGAGCCAUUUGUAAGCAGCGGCACAGAGAAGAACCGAUCACCAAGCUAGGAGACAUGGCGCGCUGGGCCAUUGCCAUCCACGGCGGCGCUGGCGUGGACCCAAACCUGCCGGAGCACCGCCAGGAAGAGGCGAAGCGCGUGCUGGUCCGGUGCCUGCAGGCCGGCGUGGACCUGCUGCUCGCCGGCGCGCCGGCCAUAGACGUCGUCGAGGCCGUGGUGCGCGAGCUCGAGACGGACCCGUUCUUCAACUCGGGUCGUGGAUCCGCGCUCACCCGCCGCGGCACCGUCGAGAUGGAGGCCAGCAUCAUGGACGGCCGUGGCCGCCGGUGCGGCGCCGUUUCCGGCGUCUCCACCGUCAAGAACCCCGUCUCCCUCGCGCGCCUGGUCAUGGACAAGUCCCCGCACUCGUACCUCGCCUUCGACGGCGCCGAGGAGUUCGCCCGUGAGCAGGGCCUUGAGACCGUGGACAACAGCUACUUCAUCACUGAGGACAACGUCGGCAUGCUCAAGCUCGCCAAGGAGGCCAACAGCAUCCUGUUUGAUUACCGGAUCCCACUGGCGGGGUCGAACACUUGCAGCGCGCUGGCGGGUGCCGACAACCACAACGACAUGACGAUGAAUGGCCUGCCCAUCAGACUCUACGCGCCGGAGACGGUGGGCUGCGCGGUGGUGGACUCCAACGGCAUCUGCGCGGCGGCCACCUCCACGGGUGGGCUGAUGAACAAGAUGACGGGCCGCAUCGGCGACUCGCCCCUGAUCGGGUCGGGGACCUACGCGUGCGACGCGUGCGCGGUGUCGUGCACGGGCGAGGGCGAGGCCAUCAUCCGGUCCACGCUGGCGCGGGACGUGGCGGCCGUGAUGGAGUACAAGGGCCUCCCCCUGCAGGAGGCCGUGGACUACUGCGUCAUGGAGCGCCUCGACGAGGGCUUCGCGGGCCUCAUCGCCGUGUCCAAGACCGGCGAGGUGGCGUACAGGUUCAACUGCAACGGCAUGUUCAGGGGCUGCGCCACCGAGGACGGGUUCAUGGAGGUCGGCAUCUGGGAGUGAGCAGAGCUAGACGUGUGUGCCUGUGGCCAUCCUGCGAUAGCCAUGUGGUUAGCUUGGGUAUUGGGUUUGUAGCUGUGGACUAGUGUUGGCCAGUAGUGAUUGGAGAUUGGAGAGAGGAUUAAUAAGGAUGAUGAUCGUGAUGGUAAAUGUCCUGGGAAAUAAUAAUGUGAAAAGUUAUAUGGCUUGUGAAAUAAUGUCCUGGGAAAUAAUAAUGUGAAAAGCUAUAUGGCUUCUUCCUCUC